AUGCUGAUCAAAAACGAGAAGCAGCUCUCCUGCCCCGACUGCGGCAAGACCUUCUCCGCUAUCUCGCACCUCAUCCGCCACCAGAGGAUCCACACAGGGGAGAAGCCCUUCGCCUGCUCCGACUGCGGGAGGAGCUUCAACCAGAAGGCCACACUGAUCAAACACCAGAGAACGCAUACGGGGGAGAAACCCUUCAUCUGCUCUGACUGCGGAAAGUGCUUCACCAGCAGCGCCAACCUCACCCAGCACCAGCGGGUCCACACCGGAGAGAAACCGUAUGCCUGCAAUGUGUGCGGGAAGACAUUCCGCAGCAGCCCCAACCUCAUCACGCACCAGAGGAUCCACACGGGGGAGAAGCCGUACUACUGCGUCAUCUGCGGCAAGUUCUUCACCAACAGCUCCGUCCUGGUCCGGCAUCAGAAAACGCACACCGGGGAAAAGCCAUAUUCCUGCAACGAGUGCGGGAAGGGCUUCAUCCAGAGCUGCCAACUCAACAAACACAAGAGGAUAACCGUGACCGUAGACGGAACGCACCAGUGCUCCCAGUGCCAGAAGCUGUUCACCAGGAACUCGGACCUGCUGAAGCAUCAGAGGGUCCACCAACGAUCACAGUCCAUUAUAUGCACAGAGUGCGGCAAGAGCUUCACCAAGAAGUCGCUGUACGUACGCCACCAAAGAAUCCACACGGGCGAAAAGCCAUUUUCGUGCGGCGACUGCGGGAAAUGUUUCGCCGUCAGCGCUCACCUCACCACCCAUCAGAGGAUCCACAAACACCGGCGGACGCACACCGGGGAGAAACCUUUUGUUUGUUCUGUGUGCGGGAAGUGUUUUACGAGCAGCGCGAAUCUCACCCUACACCAGCGGGUUCACACUGGGGAGAAGCCCUAUUCGUGCACGGUGUGCGGCAAAAGUUUUCGGAGCAGCCCAAACCUCAUAUCGCACCAGAGGAUUCACACGGGUGAAAAGCCGUACUCCUGCUCCGUCUGCAACAAAUUUUUCACUAAUAGCUCCGUCCUGGUCCGACACCAGAGGACGCACACGGGGGAGAAGCCAUAUUUGUGUUCAGAGUGCGGGAAGGGCUUCACCCGCAACUCGCUGCUCUUAAAACAUCAGCUGAUCCACCGAGGGCAGAGGCCGUACGCUUGUACUUGA